AUUUCUGAUUCUUGGUAGCAGUGCACCAGGUUUACUGGCGUAGAUUCUUUUCAAAGCAAACAUUUCAGCAGUUUCCCUGAUCCUUCCAAAACAAAGAGGCUGAACUCCACGUUGAUCUCUUGGAAACUUUAGCCAAGGUUUGCCAAGCGAGGCACUGAUCUGCAACCACAGGCGAGCAGCUUGUCCCAAACGCCAGGUUGGCUCUGUCAGAAGCUGAAAUGCCAAGUGCCAAGCUGACUGCAUUUUCCCCAGUUGAAUUUACAGUGUCAACCCUGGAUAAGUCAGGGCACAAAGAGGAGGAAGAUGGAAGCAUCUGGAAAAAGCAAACAAACAACAUACGUGAAACCUUUGUGUUCAUGGAGGUAUUAGGAUCAGGAGCCUUUUCAGAAGUCUACCUUGUGAAGCAUAGAUCUACUGGGCAGCACUAUGCUUUGAAAUGUAUUAAGAAAGUCAACAGUUCCCGAGACAAGAGCCUGGAGAAUGAGAUAGCAGUGCUGAAGAGGAUUAAACAUGAAAACAUUGUGACACUUGAAGAUAUUUAUGAGAGCUCUUCACAUUUCUAUCUUGUUAUGCAACUGGUCUCCGGGGGAGAAUUGUUUGACCGCAUUUUAGAACGUGGAGUUUACACUGAGAAAGAUGCCAGCAAUGUGAUACGCCAAGUCCUUUCUGCUGUGAAAUAUCUUCAUGACAAUGGCAUUGUACACAGGGAUUUAAAACCAGAAAACCUACUGUAUCUAACACCUGAUGAGAAUUCCAAGAUAAUGAUAACAGACUUUGGCCUUUCUAAAAUGGAAGAAAAUGGCAUCAUGUCUACCGCAUGUGGCACUCCAGGAUAUGUGGCACCGGAAGUCCUUGCUCAAAAACCAUACAGUAAAGCAGUGGACUGCUGGUCGAUUGGAGUCAUUACCUAUAUUUUACUAUGUGGAUACCCUCCAUUUUAUGAAGAAACAGAGUCCAGACUUUUUGAGAAGAUUAGAGAAGGAGCAUAUGAGUUUGAAUCUCCGUUUUGGGAUGACAUUUCCAAAUCUGCAAAAGACUUCAUUAGCUGCCUCCUAGAAAAAGAUUCAAAGAAGAGAUAUAACUGUGAGAAAGCUCUUAAGCACCCUUGGAUUGCUGGGAACACUGCCCUCCACCGAGAUAUCUAUCGUUCAGUGAGCAUUCAAAUCAAAAAGAACUUUGCUAAAAGCAAGUGGAAACAAGCAUUUAAUGCUGCGACUGUGGUAUAUCAUAUGAAAAAACUUCACAUGAAUAACAGUCAGACUAGCGCCAAUGUUCCCACUAUAAAAGUGUCUGAUGCCACAAGACCAAACACCCCUAAUGUCAAAAACACAGAGGAAAGGAACAAUGUUGAAAUCCUAAAACUGCAUCCAGGUGUAUCAAAUGGAAUGCCUGUAAGAUCAGGUACAGCCAAGUCUUGUGGUACCAUAAAUGUUGAGAGGAACUCCUGCUUGGGAACAGUAUCAGUUCAUGAACCUUGCACUAGCAAGUCAAACAAUGCCUUACCAUCUCAUUUUGGGCAACCUCAAUCAGAGGAACGCAAGAAUCAAUCACAAAAUCAAUCAACUGAAUUGAAUUCUAACUCCCACAUGUUAAGCAGGGGGGUCCAGAGUAAUAACCCUGGUUCUAGAAAAAUGCUCAGUAAGAAUGCCACACAAAAUUGUGCAACCCAAACCAGCCCAGAUCACCACAUGCCUAUGGAAAAAAAUCAAAGUUGUAUGAUGAAAGAUGACCACUUGCAUAGAAAGUCAUCCUCAUCGACAAAGGGCAGUCAGGCAUCUGUGACUGUCAGUGUAAAUAAACCAGCGCAAAAAGACAGCAAUACAAAGGAGCAAAAGCAAAAUAUUCUAAGUACCAAGAAUAUUUCUCAUUCACUAGAUCUCCCAUCACCCCCUGUCCAUAACAGUGAAUCUCCCAAAAGCUCAUUGCGUAAAACACCUUCAACAAAUUCUCCUUCUAAGAAGUCAGCAGUUCCGAAAAGUAUUUCAAUUAGCAGCUCCCAAAAACCUCCUCCUUCCCAAAAAUCUCCAGUGCAAGUGACUCUUUCUCCAAAAAUCCCUUCUGAAAAUAUUGUUGCCCAAACCUCUGUUCAAGACCAUUUAGACAGAAGGAACACAUCCCCAAAGAAGUCUACCUUGGACUAUAACACAUUAUGUACAGAUAUGCCUCAGUGCAGACCCUUGGACUUAUCUAAUGGACCCUUUAAGACUGAUAAGAUUUCCGCUUCUGCUAACGUAUACGUAACAAAUGGAAUGUCGAGUGAGACCUACGAGAAAGGCAAGCCCAUUUCCUGCACUGAAUCAGGGCUGGUAAAGAAAGGGCACAAGAAGCAGAAUUUCUUGAAUGCUGUUACUGCUCCAAUGAAAGGGACAAAUUAUACCCACUGCGGCAGUGGCCAGACAGGCGUCUGUUCAAUCAUGUGACCUGCGUGGUUAUCAUUGACGUGUAUGCAUUUUUCAUAAAGGGCUGCACUGGAAAUGUGCAUGGAAGCCUAACAUUGAUCACGCUUCAGAAGGGAGCAGAAGAUUCUCCUCUUCAUAUCCUCUUUGGGAACAUCGCCAGAUUCAUGUGGGCGAAUUCUGAGGGACAUGGCAGUGAUAUUUGUCAGAUGAUAGGCUGGAUUGCGGGGCGCAUCAUGCUCCAUGGCUCCAGCACUUAUGGACAUGAAAUGGAAGACAAGUUUAGUUGUACAACAUAUUAACAACUGUAACUGGUGUUAUCACUUUUCUUUUACCUGUGUGUGAAGGUGUAGCAUUGUAUAACUUCUUAUAGAUACAUCUGUAGUAUUUUGCAUAAAGAAAUAUCUUGCAAAUAUUGUAAAUAACUGGGGGAACUGACAAUAUUUAGAAAUAACUAUAAAAAUGUAUAUUGAUGUGAACUGAGAAUCAGGAGUUAUUAGCGAAAGUCUCAAGCAGCUUUUGAGCUGAGGCACAUAAGGAAGUUAUUGAUUUCAGAUCCAGCUGAAUAGCAACAAAUAAACGUUACUCACAGAGCUGAUCUGUAACUAAAUGUGUCACGCUGGUCUCAGCUGCAAAGCAUCAAUGCUGGGGUAAAUAGUUUAACAUUUUUGCAAGUUAGAUGUUGAGCUUUCUUAAAAUGAAUUGUAUAUGUAUCCUUAGCAAAUGGCUUCACUCUCUGCUGUACAACACUGCAGUGUGGGGUUUCUUUUGUUUUUGUUUUUUUUUGAUGAUCUGUAAUGUAACCUGCUGUUACAGGGUACAAGAGUGUGUAACUCAAAUCAGUCAAUAUUCUUAAUUCUGAUGAAAUAUCUCCUCCAUAUAUAAUACAGCAUAUGAUAAUAAGCACAGCCACAGACAGGUAUACAAGGUCAUUUAAAUGUGCAUGAUCAAAUGCAACAUAGUGAUAAUCCAGGGGCUGCACUGUGCAUCCCAAGGGUACUCCCACUGCGAUAAAACUGAUAUCCAAUCACAGUGCAAUCUUCCUUUUCUAUGUGAGCACUAGAAACUUGUGACAGCAGCAGCUUUUAUUCAAAGAGCAGUUAUGGCCAUGGCCUGGCUUUAUUCCAUCUCUCUGGCAGAUAAAAAAUCCAGUGCAAAAUGCAAAGUGCAGUGUCUGGCACAAAGCAGCUGUGUCCUCACUUCCUUUCCUGCCUGCCCUUUAUGAAUACAGUGCUGCCAAAGGCAGGCAUGGCUGUAGUCACUGGGGCAGCACAGAGACCUGCAGCAAUUCUUCUAUACAUAGGGAAGGGUGUGAAGUGCAAAAAACAUGGCAGGCUGGGUACUUUGCCCCCAUCCCUGCAUGCAGUGAAAUAACCUCUUUGAUUCCUAAUAGGAUCUCUGGCCCCUCAGGGUGAAAUGCUAUCUUAGAAAGACAGCUAGGGACUUAUCCAUAAAAUGUGACCAACCAGCUGCUUUUUAAGAGAAAGCACAAUAUAUAAUUUUUAUUUUUGAUGAGAAUGUCCCUUCAGUUAGGUUCUUCUGCCUGUGAGCAUUUUAUGACCUCAAUGCCGACUGUUUCGGGUACUCAUGAGAUGCACAAUCCAAACUAUAUCUAUAUCAUUUGUUGGGGAUUUUUGGAAGGGAGAGAGGUGAUUAUUUGUGGUUAAUUGCCAGGCUUUGUGUGUGUUUGAUGCCAACUGUUUCUCUUGUGUUCCAGUGUGCUGAGGAUUUAAUAUAUUACAGAAUAGCGUGGGUUGCUCUUUAGCUUUGCGUGAAUCAAACUCAGCUGAACCCACCAUGUUCCAAAGCCUGGUUUAUUUAUAGCUGCAUAUUAUAGGAAUUUAUUCAGCAGUGUUCCAUAUGCCUAUGUAAAUAAAGUUCUGAACAGAUUCAGCUUGUGUAAUAUUGCAUUAUGAAGUCACUAAUAAACAUUUUUUUUAAUUUCAAA